AUGGGUUCUCCGGUCAGCCGAGUGGAACUGGUGCGGCUGCCGGAGAGAUAGACAGUGAGGCGGAGGGGCUGAGCCGAGCAGACGCUGGGUCAGAUCGCUCAGCUGCUUUCAGACAAUCACAGGGGAGCGAGAGAAAGACAGGAAGAGAGACAGAGAGACAGAGAGAGAGACAGGGGGAGACAGAGAGAGAGAGAGAGAGAGAGAGAGAGAGAGAGAACAGUGCACAUAUCGAAAAGGAGAGAACAGGGGGAGGGAGGUAAAUAUGUGACAGGAUGUGGUUUCCCUGAGCUUGCAGAACACCAGUGCACAGGCAUACUUUGAGCAUGACCUAAACACACACCAGGCGUGCAAGUGUGUGUUGGGCUCCGUUAGGUGGCGAGGGGGGGGAGACGAACCAAACCACUGGAUCUGCCUCUGCUGCUGCUGGUUUCUCUGGUUUCUCUGCUGCUCUCUUUCGGAUUUGUGUUUCCUCUCAGCCGGACAGCUCCACCAGCAAACCUCCGGCAGCGGAGCCGUCCUCCAUCCUUCCCAGUAGAAUGCGAUUCUCCGCUGGGAGCUCUGGUCCAGUUGCUGCCUCUGCGUCCGAGCUGUGAACUUAGAUCUCAGCCGCGCUGUCCAACCAGGGUCUGUGCUCAGAGCGACUCUCACACCCCGUGGAGCCAUGGGCUGCGGGCUACGCAAGAUGAAGCCGACGUCGGAGGAGAACAGUCCGGGGAAGAUCUACUCCACCCUGAAGAGGCCGCAGGUGGAGACCAAGGUGGGCGUGGCCUACACCUACCGCUACCUGGACUUCCUCAUCGGCAAAGACGGUGGGACGUCCACUCUGCAUCUCUCGUCCGUGCGGGAGCUGCCCUGUCAGCUGCAGGAGCUCUACCAGCAGGGAUUCGUCCUGGCGGCGGUACACCCGUUCGUCCACCCCUGUGGACCAGAAUCCAACAGCCCGCCGCACCAGCUCUACCGGGCCAUACUGGUCCGACUCAACGACGGGGCGGAGAGGAGCCAGCCGGCGUGCCCACCGUACAAACUGCAGCUGGAGGAGUGUCUGACCGCCGGGCAGGUGCCCACCCCCGAGCUCAUCCAGGGCUACGUCAAGAAGCAGAUCCAGGAUGCCGCUGACCAGGGGGUGAAGUUUAUUGGAUUUGUCCAGGAGCCCUACGGGGCCCCGUGCACCACCAUCAGGGAACCAGACACCCCCUCCCUCUCCCUGCACUCCAGCCCCAGCUCGCUGCUCGGUUCCUUGGGCAGCUGCAGCCCCUCGAACCCCUCGAGUCCCACGAACCACGCAGAACCCGGAGCUGAGGCCAAGAUGGCCGCGGACAAAGAGGGAGGCGGGGAACCCUCGUGCGAGGCCCUGGAAGGAGCUCCGAGCGGGGGGGAGAAGAAUCACAGCGAGAACACUGGGAACCAUUCGGGGAGCCGGGUGGGGGGGGAGGGCUCGCCUGCCACGUCUCCGAUAUCAGAGCUGGAGGUGGAGCUGAGGGAGGAGAACUCGCCGUGUCACAAUAACAACAAAGACGGUGGCACAGAGACAAAGGAGCGACCGAGGUACCGGCAGCGGAGAGGCGACGGGGCGGAGCUGCUGGCCCUGUACAACCACCCCCCCGUGCGAGAGGGCCAGGUGAAGUACUACACCGUCAAGGUGCCGCUCCGCGUCCAGAACUGUGACGAGGGCGUCAAGGGCGUGGAGGCCAACUGGCUGGACCACAUGACGCAGCACUUCAACAACGGAGCCUCGCUGGUGGACGGAUACUUUCACCUGGGCAACGCCAACAAUUUGCUGCCGAAGUCGGUGGAGAGCGUGUUCAUCUUCCAGGAGGCGAGCGAGGGCGAGCAGAACGCCGCCGCUCAGACGUUUGAUGCCAUCGUGGUGGAGCAGUGGACCGUCAUCGAUGGGCUGCAGGUGAAGGCUGACUAUGUUCCCCUGCUCCAGUCUCUCGCUACCUACGGUUGGAGACUCACGUGCGUGCUGCCAACUCCUGUAAUCAAGACCAACAGUGAUGGAAGUCUGUCCACCAAACAGAUCGUGUUCCUGCAGAGACCCGUGUUGGGCCGAAAGAGGAGGGAAUCCAAGAAACUGAUCUUCAAGCCCCGAAGCAAGUCCAACAAGAACUGCAUCAAAGACACGGCGAAGAACAAGAAGAAGAAGAAAACAAAAGGCGAGAAAGAUGCAGAGGAUCCUAAGAUUAUCGACGACGGAGAGAAGGCUGAGAGAGAGGAGGAGAAGAGCAGGGAGGAAGGGGAGGAAGGGGAGGACCCGGCAUACGGAGAUGAGGUGAGAGAAAGUGGGACACUGGAAGAAAGGGAAUCGAGGUGUGAAGAAGACGGAACGAUUGAUGACGGGAUCGAGAUCAACGUAGAGACUGUAGAAUUGAAAGAUGGAGGAACGGAGACGAAAGACAAAGGAGCAGGAAAUGUCUCGGAAGAAGAAGGAGAAGAAGAAAAAAUAACAUUGAAUGGAGAGGGAUCAGAAGAGAAUGGAGAGCCUCUAGAAAAGAGAGACGUCCGGGAAGAGGCAGAAACUGUUGCGACUGUGGAAACAGAGAAUGAGACCAAAGAGCACGAGGACACGGGAGCAGCAGAGGUCGAAGCUGUGAUGGAAAACGGCGUGGAGGCGGAGGAGGAGCGAGACGAGGGCGAGGAGGAGGAGGAGGCCAUCGAACGCAAGGCGGAGGAACCGGCCGGUGUGGAGGUCAGCGCCAAGGAGAUUGUGGCAGAUUCGCUGACCAAUCAGAGCCCAGAGGAAACUCAAGAGUAGCCCCAAGUCGAGGUUUUAUUCCCCAGCCCUACCUCUCAAAUCCCCCCCCCCCCCUUUCCUCCUCCCAUCCUGAGAUCUGGUUCACAGUGUUGUCCCUGAUCCGAAUUAACGGGGCGUCGAUCCCCUUCGCUGCAGCAUUGUCCAAACCUGCCCCCCCCCAAACCUGCCAAAGUGUAGCUUCAGACAGAUUUCAUGUGAUCGCAGACAUCAGUCCUACUGCACAACCACACAUACUGAAUGUAUCAUUAACAGGCAGGGCUGGUGCGUGAGAGUCAAAGUGGAGUCACUGGAGUCACUGGACGAGGACCAACGAGAACAUCUGCAAGUGAGCGACAACUUGAAAAUUAAAAAGCCUGGUCACAUCAGAACCGAGAACAGCAGUGAAAUCAGCAGUUGAUCGGUUCUCAGGGUCAAAGUCCUUUAGGGUUAAGUCAAAGUUCAAAUUCAAAAGAAGAAUAGUUUGCAGACGGUUAUGAGACAGGAGUUGGUACAAAUUUCUUGAAGAAGCUAACGUGAGCUAAUUUUCUCGAUAGCGACAAAAGCUAAUUUGCUAGUUAGUCCUUAGAACUUUCUUUUAAACCACUUAAAGAAUUAAAGAAAAGACUUGAAACCCUAAAACUGCUUGAAGGACGUCAAUGGCUCAAUAAGCAGAAAAAACAUGGUUGAAUUAUUACUUUUAAUGAGUACUUUUUGCUAGCAUGUUAGCAGUUAGCUCUCCAGAUACAGAAGUUUAACUUCUAGCCAUGCAAAGAGACGCUAAGUCCAUUCAAUUCAUUUCUGUUGUGGCCUGGUCUUUACAGACGGGGUCAGGGACAUCACAUCUAGUCAAUAAAGUUCGAGAACUCACCCUUUCCCCCGUCAGCUCGUAAUACCCAGACAAGGCAUCUACAUUACGAGAGGUACCCGACAGCUCGUGCAGCUCUGUCCAGUUUCUGAAGCUGUGGAAAGACGAGUCAGGAAGAAACCUUGACCAGACACAGGCCUGCCUCCUCCACACGACAUCCACACCACGUAAAGCCCGGGGGGGGGGGGGGGGGGGAAAGGAAGUGUCCCGCGUGAUCACAGACUGUUUCUCCUCGGUUCUGUUCCCCACCAAUGAGCUGUGCUGGGGAGGGAACUCGGGAGGAGGAGAACGCUGGCAGAGGUGGUGGGAAAGGCGUUUGUUGCGACAGGCAAUCCAAAGUAGGGUGAAGAGAUAAUUGUUUACGCCGAGCUCUAAGCCGUCAAGUGCUUCAAAGAGAGCCGAUAAUCACUCUUUGGUGCGCGGUGUGCUGAGCUCACCUUGCACACAGAAUGUUCCAUAAUUCAAAGCCAAGUUAGAUAAGGAUGUGAAAUUCAGCUGAAUGUUUGCGGCUCAAGGGCAGAACACGUAUUUACACUCUCCUGGUUUGAUUUUAAGCGGGGGGGGGGAGGAUUUAUUUCUACGCAAAGUUGCAUUUUUAAUUACAUUUCCAGUCAAAGGCCACGAAUAAAAAGUGCGGACACGAGGGUUAAGCUGCGCGGUCAGAGUCGGACUCGUGUUGUUUACUCACUCCCAGCUUAGAGAUCGAGAGGGGGAGACAAAGGAGGAGGCGGAGAGUGAAAGAAAUAAAGACCCGAGAGCAUAAGAGCGUCAAAUAAAAGCAAUGAAUAGGCUCAUUUGAAGAAACAUCCCACAUCCACCCCCCCCCCCCCCCCCCCCGUAGAGAUUUCCUUCAUUAUUUCACCUCCAGCUCGGAGUGCACCUCGUACCAGACAUCAUUUCUGACAAUAACCAAGUCAUAACGCGCCGCCUCACCGAGUCGUUUCCAUUUAAGAGAGGCGAAAUGUGAGGGAGGGAGGUGGCAGCGUUCACCGUGCAGAGAUCUCAUUAGCUCGCUAAUGGAUUCUGUUUGUGGGGUAUCUGUCAGGAAUCAUGCAUUUAUAAUGGAGGUCACUUAUUAGGGGGGGUGUAUUGACGGCAAAAUUAUGAAAAAAAAAUUGCCUUUAGAUUUGACUGUAACGUCACCGAAGCAUCGUUUGCACUGCGGAGGACGACUGUGUUUUAAAAAAAGCUGAAUUCUUUGCAGAGAUAUUUUCCACACCUCCGAAAAAUACAUGAGAAAAGCUGUUUAUUGAAAUGUUAGCAUUCGGGUUAAUCCAGUAGUCUCACUUUUAUCAUUUGGAUCUUUUGCUUCAUGAGGACGGAUGAUACCUUGACGAAGUUGAAACUCUUCAAUUACACAUAAUUACGAGUGAGAUCGAUCAUGCUGAAUAAGUGCUCUCCUUUCUGUUUGGGGGGGGUCGCCGCUGAGAUUUUUCAAUGUAAAAUGGCAAAAUGUUUUUUGUGUAGAGUAGAGUAUAACAAACUGUGACCAGUGUAGCCUUAUUACUAUACUGUAAAUGGCCCCGCAGCCUGCUAUUAGAGACGGUGAUUUCAAUGUUACAUGUGUGUUCUAGUCCAACAGGAGAGUUUUGCUACCGUCAGUGUUGGUAUUUCUGAAGCUGUUUUUCUUGCUGGAGUUUCGCAGUGACGGGAUAAAAAGAUUUGAAGUGUUUGUCCACAUGGAGGUGACGUGUUCUUAGGGGUUUAUUUUUUAAACAUGUUUAUUUUAUUAUCAUUAUUGUGAUUGAUUUCAGUUUUUUACUUUUACCGUGGGCUCUGUGUUGCCUCUGCUGUUUCCGCUGAAGCUUGCAAAAAUGUAUUUCUGACGGACGCUUCGAGCUACCUCCCGAGGGCUGCUGUUGGUUUUCAAAAGCCGAGAGGGGCCACGGCCCGCUCGACCUCCUGGAACAUGUGGUCCUUGUCCUCUCGGCCUCCGCGAUGACGGAGCCCGGACCUGUGAGCGUGAGUUCAUCGCUAAUGGCAGACAAGGGUCGAGGGCAGAGUGGGUUGUUUUCCCACAGCUGUUCACAUGGAGUCUGCGCGAGCACAUGACAAAUAACCACUCUGAUAUUGAACUGAAUUUAUAUAUAUCGUAAUAUUCUCUGUGGUAUUUUCUUUUACCUUUUUUUUUGUUUUGUUUUUCUAGCUUUCGGCUGUUUGAGGUUUAAUAAGCACUUAUUCAAGAAAUAUGUAAUGCUGCUGGGGAGCCAAUAACACUCCGCUGUCACUUUCACACUUUUGUCAGAUCUGACAAAUAUGAAUUAUGAAAGGCAAAACCAAAAUAGGCCUUUUGUUCGCUGACAAGAUCUCUGAGAAUAUUGGAGAGCCGUCCCCCCCCCCCCCCCCCCUCACACACACGCACACACUGAAUCCUGGUCAACUGAUUUAAUCAGAUUUAAUCAAUUUCUCCAUUCUCCCAAGCGUCAGGAUAAACAUUUCAACUGUCAUCUAUCAGUUUUAAGAAUAUGAAUUCAUCCCAAUACCCCCACCUUCCUCCUUUUAUUAUUUUUCUCAAUCUGAAAACUGUGACAUCUAUUCCCCACUGGCGUCCUGAAAACACACAGAUUCCACUUCGUCCUUUUAGAAGAGCUCGGAGAAAGAGAUUGGAAACAAAUCUGUAAAGUGUCAAAACAUCCGCAGACAUGGACGAUGGCAACCUUGACAGAAGUUCCCGCCGGUCGAGCACACGUCCGUCCGACCUGAGGCCGCGACCUCCGGGGCUGUCACUCCCCCCUGAUAAGAGCUGAUUGGUUGCCGUGCAGGCCGACACCCUGACAUGAGUACACGCUGGGGACUCUGGGUAAUUGUGUGUUUUUUUUUAAUCAUUUGGGUGGGGGGGAAGAGAGACAGGAUCUGACACUUUUUCAGUUAAAUGAUGCUGAACCAUGUUAACUCAUCCGUCCGUGAAAACAAGGAGAGCUUUGCAGGCCCUCUACUCAUUUGUGUUAAAAAAAGAAAGAAAAGAAAAACAUAAUAUACGCUCUCCUGUGUUAUAUCAGCAUAAUUGUCUCUGAGCCUCCGUCGUGGCGCUGGUGCAAUCGUUCAUGGUGAUGCUGUUAAAAAAAAAUUACAAAUAAACGUAGUGGUUCAUUUCCUGUGUGAUACUAUGACGUGAAACCGGCAGAGUAGAAACGACAGAUCAUGAUAAAACGGGAUUUAUUUUUUCUGUGUUUGUCACUUUAGCUCACAGCCUCUGGAAAAUGUAUUCUUAGUUUCCCCUUAGUUUUUUUUUUUUGAGUGUGUGUGUUUGUCUCUGAUCACCUCAGCUGCCAUCUUGAAUGUUGAGUAACUUUGAUCAUGUGCUGUUGUCACUUGCAGAGCAGUGAAAGAAAAGUAUUCUUUAUUCCUCGCAAUCCUGAGUAUGUCCACAUUCCUACUGUUCAUGACAUCUGUACAAUUUGUAUAUUAUAAAAAAAUGAUUUAUAUUUAAUGUG